CGCACGGUAAUACUAAUUCACAUUAAGGUUAGGAAGUUCGGUCCGCCUGUGCGCACAUUUCGAAGCGAGUAAACUGAAGUGAAGUGAGCUUAUUGUUUCACAUCAAAUAUAAAUUCGGAAGCAUUCGUUUAACUGUCUUGUUAAUAAUUCGCACUACAAGUUUUAUUCACAAUGUUCCGUUUGCCAGUUUCGCUUGCUCGUACCUCCAUCAGCCGCCAGUUGGCCAUGCGCGGCUAUGCUAAGGACGUGAGAUUCGGUCCUGAGGUGCGCGCCAUGAUGCUCCAGGGCGUCGAUGUGCUGGCUGAUGCCGUGGCGGUGACCAUGGGACCCAAGGGUCGCAAUGUGAUCAUCGAGCAGUCCUGGGGCUCGCCCAAGAUCACCAAGGAUGGUGUGACUGUGGCUAAGGCCAUUGAACUGAAGGACAAGUUUCAGAACAUUGGUGCCAAGCUGGUUCAGGAUGUGGCCAACAACACCAACGAGGAGGCUGGUGAUGGCACCACCACUGCCACCGUUCUGGCCCGCGCCAUUGCCAAGGAGGGCUUCGAGAAGAUUUCGAAGGGCGCCAACCCCGUUGAGAUUCGUCGUGGUGUUAUGCUGGCCGUUGAAACCGUCAAGGACAACCUUAAGACCAUGUCGCGCACGGUGAAGACCCCCGAGGAGAUCGCUCAGGUAGCCACCAUCUCAGCCAACGGAGACCAGGCCAUCGGCAGUCUCAUCAGUGAGGCCAUGAAGAAGGUGGGACGCGAUGGCGUCAUCACCGUCAAGGAUGGCAAGACCCUGAACGAUGAGCUGGAGGUGAUUGAGGGCAUGAAGUUCGAUCGCGGCUACAUUUCUCCCUACUUCAUCAACUCCUCCAAGGGCGCCAAGGUGGAGUUCCAGGAUGCUCUGCUCCUGCUGUCCGAGAAGAAGAUUUCCUCGGUCCAGAGCAUCAUUCCCGCUUUGGAGCUGGCCAACUCACAGCGCAAGCCCCUGGUCAUUAUUGCUGAGGAUAUCGAUGGCGAGGCCCUAAGCACCCUGGUGGUGAACCGCCUCAAGAUCGGCCUGCAGGUGGCUGCUGUAAAGGCUCCUGGAUUCGGUGACAACCGCAAGAGCACCCUCACCGAUAUGGCUAUCGCCUCUGGCGGUAUUGUGUUCGGCGAUGAUGCUGAUCUCGUCAAGCUGGAGGAUGUUAAGGUCAGCGACCUGGGCCAAGUGGGCGAAGUUGUGAUUACCAAGGACGACACUCUGCUGCUGAAGGGCAAGGGCAAGAAGGAUGCUGUGGAGCGUCGCGUUGAACAACUCAAGGAUCAGAUCGAAGAGACCACCUCUGAGUACGAAAAGGAGAAGCUGCAGGAGCGUCUGGCCCGCCUGGCCUCCGGUGUUGCCCUACUGCGCGUUGGAGGUUCCAGCGAGGUCGAGGUCAACGAGAAGAAGGAUCGCGUUCAUGAUGCUCUGAAUGCCACCCGUGCUGCUGUUGAAGAGGGAAUCGUUCCCGGAGGUGGCACCGCUCUGCUACGUUGCAUUGAAAAGCUCGACUCUGUUAAGACCACCAACGAGGAUCAGAACCUCGGCGUUGAGAUUGUCCGUCGUGCCCUGCGCAUGCCUUGCCUGACGAUUGCCAAGAAUGCUGGCGUUGAUGGUGCCAUGGUUGUGGCUAAGGUGGAGACACAGUCCGGUGACUACGGCUACGAUGCUCUGAAGGGCGAGUACGGCAACCUGAUCGAAAAGGGAAUCAUCGAUCCCACCAAGGUGGUGCGCACUGCCAUCACGGACGCUUCCGGUGUCGCUUCUCUGCUGACUACCGCCGAGGCUGUGGUCACUGAGAUCCCUAAGGAGGAGGGUGCUCCUGGCAUUCCCGGCAUGGGUGGAAUGGGCGGUAUGGGAGGCAUGGGCGGCAUGGGUGGUAUGAUGUAAGCCGCCUGAUGUGUGAGAGUGAGAGAGAUGAAGCCAGCGUACAUGUUUAAGUCAUGAUGUGAAGCGAUGUCGUAGAAUGGCCAGCGAACGCAUGUCAUGAUCAGUCACACCAGUCGACGCGAGACCCACCAAUAUCUCUUACAUCGGUGCAUCCAGCAAUCCAUCCACAUACUACCCCUCUUUUGACUACACACGCAUUAUAAUCCUUGAUGUAACCUUAUUUUGCUUCGCAUUUAUCCUUUGGCAAAAGCAGAAACAUCAAUCAAUCAACUAUCAUACAACCCAGCUGGAUGUGAGCUCGCCGAGGCUCCUGCGUUUGCUCUGCCACACCCCAUCGCUUACAUUGUGUUCUCCGUUUUUUUAACUAUUCCUUAACUCUAUUUUUUUACAUGUUAUAUAUGUAAAGAUACCGUUAGUUGUAAAAUAUAAAAUAAAAAACAGAAGUUAAAUUGAGGAAAAA